GUUUGUUUUGCAACGUGAUGACGCCACGCGUAGAUAACAGGAAGUAACUUGAAUUUGCACCCAAGUAAACACAACACGGAUAAAUGCUGCUCAUGUGCGCCACAGGUUUAAAAAAUGGGUGUGAAGGGUCUUCAGCUCUUUCUGAGCCGCUGCUGUCCAGAAGCCUGUGUGACUGUGAACCUGAGAGAAAUGGCCAGACAACAUGUUGCCAAAGGCCAGCAAGGCAGCACGACCACAGCUAACAGCCCCCCCACCCUCGUUGUGGAUGGUAUGGCCUGCCUGUGCCACUGGUACUCAUGUAAGGACUGGGUGUGUGGGGGGCAGUGGAGGGAAUACCUGGAUGUGCUAAAGAGCUGGGUAGAGGCCUUCACCUCGGCGGGCAUCAGACUGGUCUUCUUCUUUGAUGGGGUGGUGAAAGAGGAGAAGAGACAGGAGUGGGUGAAGAGGAGACGCAGAGUGAACGGGGAGGUUUCUAAAAUAUUCCGGCACAUAAAAGCAUACGGAGAGCAGCCUGGUAGAAAUCUCUUUUGUAUUCCUUCUGGUCUGGCGACAUUCACACCCUUUGCUCUCAGGUCACUGGGUCAGGAAGUGUUUUGCUCAAUGCAGGAGGCCGACUAUGAGAUUGCCAGCUAUGCUCGUCAACAUGGUUGUAUGGGCAUUCUGGGACAGGACUCAGACUUCAUUAUAUAUGACAGUGCCCCCUACUUGUCUGUGGAAAAGCUGCGGAUUGACAGUCUCAACACUGUCCUGUACGACCGACAGAGGCUCUGCCAGAGCAUUGGAUUGGCUGUUACCCAGCUACCUCUACUGGCCUGUCUCCUAGGUAAUGAUGUGGUGUCAGAGGAGCGGAUGCGGCACAUCAGGAACGAUGCCAUGGCAACAUACAGGAUAAACAAUCCUGAACCACCCUUUGAUGCUCCUCAGGGACAAAUGGUUCUAGCUGUAUCCCACCUUGUGAGCUCCUUGUGGGCCAGAAAAGAGGAAGAGUUUAUCCCUCAGACUCUGAAUCUGUCAGCUCCUCACAGAGAGCUACUGAAGAUGGGGAUUUGCUCCUACCUACUGCCUCAACAGGAAGCACUUCAGCAACGUGACAACUCAGCGUUUCUGUCUGCCCCAGCCUUUGAGAAACACGUUAGUCCUGAAAUAUUAAAGGCCUGUAGAGAGAAGCAUGUAGCAGCAGAGGGUUUCAUGGUUUACGGUGUUGUGUGUGAUGGAGUCAUUCAAUGUAGCAACACUCUGGAGGAUGAAGAAGAUGCUGAAUUACUGCCCCAGGCCCUCGUCUACAAAGCGUGCAGACAGCUCAUCUAUGGGCUGCUGCUGCUGCACGGGCAGGAUGGCAGCAGUGUUGAUCUUCCAGCAAUCAGGGAAUGGUUUGUCUACCCUGGAAACCCUCUGAAGGAACCUGACAUGGUCCACCCUCUCCCAACCAGCCUUCCAUGUGAUCAGCCCAAUCUGGACUUGUUAUGGUUUGGCAAUGGUCCUGAAGUUGCUGCUCUUCGCUUGACGUCCUUCCUUUCAAUUUUUGACUGCCAGGAGCUCUCAGAGCUGUAUGGAGCUAUUGACGACUCUCUGCUGGCUGCUCUCUGCCUGGUCACUUACAUAGCCCUCCAGGUACAAACUUUGUCUCAAGAGGACUUGGAUGCUUACCUCAGUCAGGCUGUGUGUCUGAGACUAAAAUCCCCCCAGGAGCUUCAACAGAUCAAGCUGCCUUUCGUCUCCAGUCGUGCGGUGCAGCUCGGAUCUCUCUACGUCCGAGGACUGAGCCACCUGCUGGGUGCUAACUCUGCCAGCGGCUGCCCGCUGCCCAGCACUGCUCUGAUGCCUUGGCACAGCUUCGAUGGACGGCUGUUCCACUCAAAGUACCUGCUGGCACAUAGCGGCACAGAGAAAACUGUGUUGCUGGACAGCGACUCCUCCAGUUUGUCUCUGUUUCUCUGCCUGAGAGAGAAACUUAGUGAAACCUGCGGGAAGCGAGGCAGAGUCCUGCAGUCCAGACCCAUUGCACCAGAACAAAGGCAUAAAACCACACCAGGACCCAGCUACAGAGAAAGACACACAGGUCAGCCUCCAAGUAGUGGUGAGAACUGGAGAGAAAGAGGAGAGACAACAGGAGGCCAUCGACAUGGAGGAGAAUGGAGGGAGAGAGGGGAGGCAAGAGGAGGCCGAAGUGGAGAUGACAACAGAGAGAGACUGUGGGGGAGAGGAGGACACAGAGGAGAAUGGAUGAGAGGAGGCCAACAUUCUCACCAUCAUCCUCAUUCUUAUCCUAACUUCCACGAUGGAGGACCCCAGAACACGAGGGCCAGAGGUCGAUCGUACCACAACAGAGGGAGAUACCAGCUGGCCCCGAGAUGGUCACAGCCUCCUCCAUCAGGAACAUGACUCGACCCGGAACAGAGAGGAGAGAAGAGGAGGAUUAGAGGGGGGGAUUUGAGGAGUUAAGAGGAUGAGAAAGACGUGAUGAAAGGGAUGAAGGAAUCAAAUUUCUCUGAACAAACUGAUUAGUGAAUUACCUGUCAGGAAUGUUUGUCUAAAGGAUGCAGUAGGUAGAGAAAUGGCUAUCAGGAGGAGGCAGAGUGAAGAGAUUAGGAAUACAUGAUUUUAUUUGCCAGUUUAACCUGAAUUUGUCUUUUUGUGCACAUUAAAACAACUCUGUAUACGUAAGUCAAUCAUCUUAAAGCGUCUCAGGGCAACUUAUGUAUCUUACUGUGUCAGAAAAUGAACAGUACGUGUGAGCACACGCCAAAAAAACAGAAAUGAGCUACUUCAAACAUGCACUGAGAAGUGGAUUAAUGGUUAAUCCUCAAGCCUGUUUUUACCUCUUAUCUGUGACAAUAAAAGGACAAAGAUCUUAAAAGCUGUGUGUAUCUAGUGGCAUUAUCCUUUUAAAGGACUAGAGAAACAGUAAUGCUGGUAUCGAAUAUCUACUGAAAUAGGGCAUCAUUGCCUCAGAUUUCUUCACUUCUAUAAACUGUUACCAAGAGCCAUUUAUGACAAAUGUCAAAAACAAAGUGAGGCAACUUUCUUUUUUCAUACGCAGAAAAACACAAGUUGUAAUGUAAUAGUUACAAAUAGAGAAAUUUGUGCUGUGUCUAAAAAUACUUGAUAAACGAACACUAACCCUUCCUAUAGAGGCUUCAAGUUACAAAACAUUUUAAUUGAAAUUAUUGUUGGUGCAUCUAAAAUCUGCAUUUUCCAUUGUUGUAACAACACAGGAAAAACUUUAAACAAUCCCCAAACAUAUCACACAUGUCACUGCGGAUGACAAUAAUCCAGCUUUAAUUCUUGUUGGUAAACUCAAAGACAGGAACAUUUUCUCUCCAUGCCGACACAUCCUUUCCUAUUUGAACAACCUCUGUUACACUGGACGUAGGUUGAUGAGGAAUGUAUAGCCUGUAGAGUCAUGCUGACUGUCUUCCUGUAGCACCGUGAACGUCGUAAAACCCACCAGAGAGGAAAAGGAUGCGGAGAAAGUUCCACAGCCUGAGUGCUCUCAUUACUGUGUGUGUUUGCCUGUGAAACCACCCGUGAGAGUGAACUUCUCAACAAACAAGAGUGUUAAUACAGUUAUGGUGAGACUGUGUUUAGUGUGACAGAACCAAGAGUUUCAUCUCCUAUAAUAGUCCACUCAUUACGUGGUAAUACAAGCGUGUACAAGCUAUAUGUAUAACAUGGACUGAAGAUACAUGCUUAUUAUCAUUUAAUCCAGUGAACCUAAAACAACGCCAACAAUGCUGGAGGAAUGAAGAUCCCAGAGACUUAACUACAAAGUAUCACGAAUACAUCAGGUGGUGACUUCUCAGUGUUUUUGUGCAGGUUUUGUGGCCCCCCAGACUUUUAAAAACCACUCAGCACAUGGUCAAACAAACUUUUACUAAUACUUUAAAUCAAAUUUGUCAGCAAGAAAAGUAACAUGACCUUGUAGAAGAUGAGGCUGAUCUUUGUAUUUGAUCCCCACUCUUUAGAAACGUAAAACACUGUAAGGCAGAGUUGUUUCUUCUCACCACAAUAGACAGACACAUUUCUGUCUAAGAAUAUA